AUGGCGAGAGUGGCAGAGCUUGCUGAAUCAGCAGCUUGCAGCAGAUCCAGAGGUUUGAUUGCUCUAUGCCUGUUGUGUUGGGCAAAGCCAGCAUGCGCAUUCUUCGAAGAAAUUUUCGGUGGAGGUGGGCAAUUCCAUUUCGAGAUGGGUGGAGGCAGGCGAGCACCUGAGCCAGUGCAGUGGCCUUCGGGGGUGUCAGACGAGGUGUCGAAGACAAUGUCCUGGUUAAAGGGAACUGAAUGGCAGUGGAACAACGAUGGUUUUACGCUGAAGCUGACGCGUGAUCAAGAGAUUGACGCACCCAUCCAGCAGUGCAAUCAAGGCUGCAAAUGGACAGCAGAGAACGGAAAACUAUACCUUUUCAUUGGCAGUGCUGGCAUUUUUGAGUUGAAUGCUCCGGAUGGGAAACCAUCACGGCUUGAAGGUCAACGGCUCAAAGGCUUUUCUAGGCGAAAUUCCCGAGAGAAGCUGACGCUCACGUUCCACCGCAUUUUCGACCACGAGGCUGUAGAUUUGGACAAGGACUUGUACCAGGUUUUGGGAAUUCCAGAGGAUGCAGAUGAGGCCACUAUCAAGAAGGUCUACAGGAAGUUGUCCAUUCAGUAUCACCCAGACAAGAGUCCAGAUGAAGCGUCAAAGGCAAAGUUUGCGGAAAUCAGAGAUGCGUACGAGGUCCUGAAUGACCCUGACAAGAAGAUUCUCUAUGAUACAGGCGGAAUGGCCUCGGUGAAAGAGGCCGAGAAGGGCAAAGUCGAAUCAACCGGCGACAUGCAUUCAGAGAUCCAAGUAAACCUUGAGGACCUCUAUCUUGGCAGUCAGUUCCAGGCAACUGUAAAACGAGGUAUUGUCUGCAGGGGAUGCCGCAAGAACCCCUCAUCUCCGAACUGCAAGGGCUGCGGAAGGUGCAAGAAUCAGAUCAAAGUAGUGCAGGUACAAAUGGGCCCCUUCCUCACGCAACAGCAACAGGAAGUUCCCAGCAAGGAAAAGUGCAAACAAGUUGAUGCGCCACUUGAAGUUCACAUUGAGAAGGGGAUGACAAGUGGUGAUACCGUUACUUUCCCGCGAAUGGCGGAGGAACGGCCAGGCAUGUUGCCAGGAAGCGUCAUCUUGAAGCUGAAGGCAAAAAAGCAUCCCAAAUUCCAGCGAAAUGGGAAUGACCUUCACACUGAGUUGACCAUCAGUUUGCGCGAAUCCCUUCUUGGCUGGUCCCGGACGAUCACUCACUUGGAUGGACAUACCGUGGAAGUGAAGCAGACAGAUGUCACCAAGCACCUCCAGGUGGUGAGAAUGCGUGGAGAGGGCAUGCCCCUGCGCGAUGAUCCAGCAAGCUUUGGUGACUUGCAUGUGAAGGUGUCAGUGGAGUUUCCAAAGACGUUGACGGCUGCACAAAAGGACGCCAUUGCCCAGGUCUUCACAGAUGAGCGGCAAGAUUUGUGA